CCGUCUCCUAGUGACUCCGUUUGGUGCGGCACAUCGAUGCCUCAGAUCAGAAGAUGAGGUUUUCCUGAGUGCAGGAGCUCUGCAACCUGAAUGAAGAAGAGAUACCGAUUAAUAAAUUAUAUCCCCGGAGGAGAAAAGUUACAAUGUCAGCCGAGCUGAUACAAGCAUCUGAACAUGACCAUCACUAUAUGUUUGCCCGACAAGUGAAAUUCAGCGCCAAUAGAAGACUGGCAGUGGAAAGAAGCGAGCAUUUCACUAACCCAAAGCAGAUCCCAGAUGAUAAUAUCUGGAUGAGGAAACCUCCCGACUUCAGCGUCAAGCAGUACAGGUCAUUGAUGUUACCCAGGAGGUCCAAUGAAUUUGAUAUUCAAGAGAAGAAAAAUAUAACCGAAGACACCAAGCAGUGGAAUAAGCAGGACAUGAUUCCAGGUGCCUGGAACCCCGGACAGCUCCCUGCAAUAAGACCCAGAAAGUUCCUAACAAAAUUUAAACAUAUUGGUCCCUUCGAGGCCAGCCUCAUGUGUGUAAAAGAAGGAAUUUACCCGAAAGAUAAAUACCAAAACCCCAAGCCUCAUGACUUUAGACAGUAUGAAACAGGAAUACAGGAUUUUGCUACAAGUUAUUCUCGGGAUCCGUUCAACCUGAAGUUCAAAUCUCGAUGUUUAAACUCUUUGUGUGAGCUUCCACCGGCAGAAGAAAGGCAGAAGAGGGGCAGAGUGAAGCACUUUGUGUUACAUAAGCCUGAGGAGCCUGCAUGGGAUUCAAAACUAAUUUUACCGAAGAGCCCCUGGCCACCCAAAUCUGCCUCCUAUACUAGACAUAGAAGACGGCGGGGUGUCUAUAGCGCAUUCAUGGAUCGGAUUGAAGAAAAGUUCACUGCCAGUAACCAGAAGAAUUUAUCGUUAAGUCGAGAGUUGGCCCGCAAUUGA